GUGGACGCGGGGCUUCGCAAAUGGCUUGUCCCGUUCUCGGUCUGGAAGCUCUCCAGCCCCUGCAGCCCGAGCCGCCCCCCGAGCCCGCCUUCUCCGAGGCGCAGAAGUGGAUCGAGCAAGUAACCGGCCGAAGUUUUGGUGAUAAAGAUUUUCGGACAGGAUUAGAAAAUGGAAUCCUUCUCUGCGAGUUGCUGAAUGCUAUAAAGCCAGGACUUGUUAAAAAGAUCAAUAGAUUGCCUACCCCCAUUGCAGGAUUGGACAAUAUCAUAUUAUUCUUGAGAGGUUGUAAAGAGCUCGGCCUCAAAGAAUCUCAACUUUUUGACCCCAGUGACCUACAGGAUACGUCCAACAGAGUAACAGUCAAGAGUCUUGAUUAUAGUAGGAAGCUGAAAAAUGUACUGGUGACCAUUUACUGGCUGGGCAAAGCGGCCAACAGCUGUGCCUCGUACAGUGGGACUACGCUGAACCUGAAGGAGUUCGAAGGCUUGCUGGCUCAGAUGAGAAAGGAGACUGAUGACAUUGAGAGCCCUAAACGUAGUAUUCGAGACAGUGGCUACAUCGACUGCUGGGACUCGGAGCGCAGUGACUCCCUCUCUCCCCCUCGACACGGCAGAGAUGAUUCCUUCGACAGCCUGGAUUCCUUUGGCUCCCGUUCCCGGCAGACUCCUUCGCCAGAUGUAGUCCUCAGGGGAAGCAGUGAUGGGAGGGGGAGCGACUCUGAAUCCGACCUGCCCCAUCGGAAGCUGCCCGAUGUGAAGAAGGAUGACAUGUCUGCAAGGCGGACGUCCCACGGUGAGCCGAAAUCAGCAGUGCCUUUUAACCAGUACCUCCCCAACAAGAGCAACCAGACAGCUUACGUCCCCGCGCCUCUGAGAAAGAAGAAGGUGGAGCGAGAGGAAUAUCGGAAGAGUUGGAGUACCGCCACCUCCCCCCUGGGUGGGGAGAGGCCCUUCAGCUAUCCUGAAACGAUAGAGGAAGAGGAAAGUGAAGUGGGGUCUCCUUGUGAAGAGGACCCCGUCAGUCAAAUGGACACCAGUGGGAAGCCGCCUGAUGGUGGGUCAGAACUGCCCACCAGCUGUGGGAAGGAGCAGCCUCCUCCAGAGGGGGCUGUGGUGGCACCAGCUCCCAAGUCUGACGAGAAAGCUGCUGCUGAAAUGCAGAAGCGCAGAAGGCUGGAGCAAGCCGGAAUCAAGGUCAUGCCAGCAGCCCAGCGCUUUGCCAGUCAAAAGCAAUUAAAUGAUGAGAAAGAAGCUGUUCGCAAUAUUAUCCUUCGUAAAGAAAACCCUUUCCUGGUCCACCAACACGGCAGAGAUUCAGAAUCAGAAGAUGAAGUUGCAUGUCGACUGCCUGAUCUUGAGAAAGAUGACUUUGCUGCUAGAAGAGCAAGGAUGAACCAGACAAAGCCAAUGGUGCCGUUGAACCAACUCCUCUAUGGGCCUUACCGGAAAAAAGAGGCAGAGAAAUCAGAUGGCAGCAAACAGCACUCAAAGGGAAUCUCAGAAAAGAAAACUCUAGAACAUAAAAGAAACCAGGGCCAGACAGAAGAGGUGAAGUCAAGGGUGAGCUGUAUUGUGCGGGCCCAGGAGAGUGAACCUGCGGAAGAGGGACUCAGGAAGGUGCCGGAUCUUUACAAGGAUGACCUGGCCCAGCGGAGAAUUCAGGGCAGGCCUGGCCCUCACCGUGAGGCCCCACGCUUUAUCACGGCUGCCAGGAUAACAGAAGCUGACCUGGAGACGUGGGAGAGGCUGAAAGUGUCAGAACAGACGAGGGAUGGAGAUGUGGAGCACACGUGUGCCCCUGAGCCUUCACCAGAAAUUAAAGCGGAAACUGCCAUCCGGGAUGACUUUGCCAGCCGCAAGGCAAGGGCCUAUAAGAAGGCUUCCAGCAGCCCUAGGCAAAAGUUCGUGCACUUUGGACCAGUGACAGAGAUAGAUCAGCAGACGUGGAAGCGGCUCAGCAUCGGCAGGGCGGGGCCCAGGGAGAACGCAGAGGAAGGCAUCGGUCACGACCGCAACAUUCACACAUGCUCCGUGUCUGCUGCCUCAGCGGCCACGUCCAACUCAAAGAAAGACCGCAUGCUUAAUCCACAGAAUGGCUGCAGCAGAACAGUGACUUCUGACGUAGAUGACUGUUGUCAAAGGGUCUCUCGGCUGGCUCCCGUGCCGAAGUCCCAGGAGGAGCCUAGCGUCAGUGCGGGCGAGGGCCUCAGGAGGACAGAGGAAGUUACCCGCAAACAGCAGCCACAGGACGGCAAAGAAGAGACUGAAGGAGUUGCUCACAGAGAUUCUGAGAUGGCGCCAAAGGCCAGAAGACCCCAGGAGAGCAGCCAGCCCCUAUACGGACCGAGAACUCCUGUGUCUGACGACGCAGAGAGCACGAGUAUGUUCGACAUGCGGUGCGAGGAGGACACCGCGGUGCAGCCGCACAGCAGGGCCCGCCAGGAGCAGCUGCAGCUGAUCAACAGCCAGCUGCGGGAAGAGGAUGACAGAUGGCAGGAUGACCUGGCUCGUUGGAAGAGCCGUAGAAGAAGUGCUUCUCAGGACUUAAUCAGAAAAGAGGAAGAAAGGAAAAAAAUGGAGAAGUUACUGGCUGGAGAGGAUGGGACAAGGGAACGAAGGAAAAGCAUAAAAACCUACAGAGAAAUCGUCCAAGAAAAAGAGCGCAGAGAGAGGGAGUUGCAUGAAGCAUAUAAGAAUGCACGGACCCAGGAGGAGGCAGAGGGUAUCCUUCAGCAGUAUAUCGAGAGAUUCACCAUCAGUGAAGCUGUUCUUGAACGCUUGGAGAUGCCAAAAAUCCUGGAAAGAAGCCAUUCAACAGAGCCAAACUUAUCCUGCUUCCUCAGCGACCCCAGCCCCAUGAAAUACCUGCGGCAGCAGUCACUGCCUCCGCCCAAGUUCACUGCCACUGUGGAAACCACCAUCGCUCGUCCCAGCGUUCUGGAUGCCAGCAUGUCAGCAGGCAGUGGGUCUCCGAGCAAAACUGUCUCUCCCAAAGCAGUGCCUAUGCUGACGCCCAAGCCUUACUCCCAGCCCAAAAACUCUCAAGAGGUUCUGAAGACCUUCAAGGUAGAUGGGAAAGUCACCAUGAAUGGAGAGACGACUCAUGGUGAUGAGGAGGAGAAGGAAAGAGAGUGUCCCACGGCGGCACUUACCCCCUCGUUGACCAAAUCCCAGAUGUUUGAAGGUGUGGCCAGAGUGCAUGGGUCCCCUGUGGAGCUGAAACAGGACAGCAGCAGCAUUGAGAUCAACAUAAAGAAGCCAAGUUCUCUUCCCCAAGAGCUGACAGCAACCACUGAAGACACGGAAGCGAACAGUCAAGAAGAUGAAAACGACGGUGAAGAAGCAGGAAAAGGGAAUAUAGAAGUUGCCUCAUCAGAGCCACAGCUUUUUACAACAACUGUGACCAGAUCCAGCCCGACCGUGGCCUUCGUGGAGCUUUCCCCCAGCCCUCAGCUGAAGAAUGAGGUGCCAGAAGAGAAGGAGCCGAAGAACCCAGAAAAUGAGAUGAGCGGAAAGGUGGAGCUGGUGCUGUCCCAGAAGGUGGUAAAGCCAAAAUCUCCCGAGCCAGAAGCAACCCUGACAUUUCCAUUUCUAGAAAAGAUGCCUGAAACCAACCAGUCACCUUUGCCAAAUCUCAAUUCUCAAGUGGAUUCUCCAAGUAGUGAAAAGUCACCUGUAACUACACCUUUUAAGUUCUGGGCAUGGGACCCAGAAGAGGAGCGCAGGCGACAGGAAAAAUGGCAGCAGGAGCAGGAACGUUUGCUGCAGGAGAGAUACCAGAAGGAGCAGGACAAGCUGAAAGAAGAGUGGGAAAAGGCCCAAAAGGAAGUGGAAGAAGAAGAACGCAGAUACUACGAGGAGGAGCGGAAAAUAAUUGAGGACACUGUGGUUCCAUUUACUAUUUCUUCAAGUUCUGCAGACCAGCUCUCUACAUCUUCCUCUGUGACAGAAGGCAGUGGGACAGUGAAUAAGAUGGACUUGGAAAACUGUUGCGAGGGAGAACAAGAGGCAAGACAGAAGAGACCAGUCCAGGAGGAUAACAGCGACUCCCUGCUGAAGACUAGGGCAGGCGAUCCACCGGAGGAGAAGAGCAGCAGCCUAACUCAAGGGGUCUUGACUCAUUCUGAGAACCCUGCAUCAGAAGGCAUCUCCCACCAGCUGGAUACAGAAGCUGGGGCCCCACACUAUGGGGUGAACCCACAGCGAGCUCAGGAUCCAUCCCAGAAUCAGCAGGUAUCAAACCCACCGAUGCACAUUUUAGAAGAUGUGAAGCCAAAAACCCUUCCAUUGGACAAAAGUAUUAACCAUCAGAUUGAGUCUCCAAGUGAAAGGCGGAAGAAAAGCCCUCGAGAGAACUUCCAGGCUGGGCGCUUGUCCCCCUGCUCCCCCACCCCUCCUGGCCAGUCACCAAACAGGUACAAGAGGUCUGUGAGCGGGAAGAAGCUGUGCUCUUCGUGCGGGGUUCCCUUGGGCAAAGGCGCUGCUAUGAUCAUUGAGACCCUCAGCCUGUAUUUUCACAUCCAGUGCUUCAAGUGUGGAAUCUGUAAAGGACAGCUUGGAGACGCAGUGAGUGGGACGGAUGUUAGAAUCCGAAAUGGUCUUCUAAACUGUAAUGACUGCUACAUGCGAUCCAGAAGUGCUGGCCAGCCCACAACAUUGUAAGGUGGUCUUCAAGCUUCCAGAUCACUCACCGUUUCCUUCCCGAGGGUGUCCCCCGGCAGCUGUUUAACAAAGCCCCGAGUUCAGGGGCUCCACAGCGUUCAUCUGGUUUCUGAAAGGCUACUUUAAAAGAUGGUAUCUGUUCUUCUGUAGCACAGUGUUCAUGGUUUUCCUGGUUUCCUUUUUUUGUUUUUUUUGGCAUUUGCACAGUAUAUACAAAAGAAUAUUGAAUUGUAAUGAUCCUGAAUAGUUCAAAAAGAAGAGGUCUUAGCAUGGUCAAACAGGCGUAUGGUUUAAAAUAUGUUAUUCUCUUUUUUGGGAGUUAAUGAGAUAAAUGAUACAAUAAACCUGUUUGGUUUUUUUUUUUUAGCAUUUCUAGGAAUUAAACAUUUUAUGUUUACAGAAUUGAGCUGCAGAAAAUGCAGGACAUGCCAAUUUGAGACACGUGGUCUUCUGAGUCAGGAGCAUACAAUUAAUGCAUUUCAGAAACUAAAAAUCACACCAUCUAGCUCUGAGCUAUAACUUGUUUUUACUGCAAAGUCACUAGGCUGAUAAUAUAAACUGUAAUCUUGAAACAUUUGUGUUACUUACCUUUUGAGGUGGAAGUCAUACCAAUAAAUUAUUGUCCGUUAGUAUUAGAUUCUGUGUCCUUUGGGAAUUAUGCCAUUGAUAUAGGCUGAACCAUCAAAUAGAGAGAACCCUUGUAAUAUUGGCUAGGUUUACACUCUGGGGCAUUGCCCAAGGGUAGGAAGAAACCAGAGGGACAUAAUUCAGUCAUUAUUUCCAAAGUUGCUACCAAAAUCCGUGAAGAAGUUUAAUCUUCCAAAGAGUGGUGGGUCAGUGAUCGCCGAGAGGGCUUUGUUGCUUGCUUCUCUUCCUGCUCUAGAUUCAAUAAAAGCCUCCGUGUGGGACAUAUGGAAGCUGUCAUCGAGAUCAGUCCAUCAUUAGGGGUGACCCUUGCUCAUCAUUAGGUGUGACCCUUGCCUGCAAGUUCUCCUUGGGGGCAGAAGCCCAGGUGGCUAAGGAAACGCACUGAGUCCAUCCAGACAGAAUCCAGUGACGAACAAGGUGAGAAGCCACUCGUGUGUGAUCAGCAAGGACCUUCUACUCACAUUGUCCCCGCCCACCCCACUGGAUACCUACCUGCUCUCCCUCACGCCAUCCGUCACCAGCUCUCCUGACUUCUGGAAUUCCAGAACCAAGAAUUCUGGACCUUGCUCAUGGAGAAGUUUAGCAAGGAACUCUUGUGGAGGGCUGGUUUAUUUUUUGCCCUGUGUGAUGAGUUUCAUCUGGCCAAGAAAGGAAUCAAGUUAUUAAAAAGCAUCCCAUGUUAGAUCUCCAGGCUGUUUUCCUGAAGACUGGGGAAAGGGGGACUAUUUAUUCUGCCUUAAAAUGAUGGCAAAUAAGUGAAGAUGACAGAUGACAUUUUGUGAAUGAAGACUCUGGAUAAUCUCCUAAUAGGUUAAUGUAGUCAUAAAGAUCAAGUAGAUAUUUUUCUGUUAUGUAAGCAAUAACUUUUUUUUCUGUGUCUUAUUGAGUAUGGCUAGCAGUUAUUUAUUUACUUGCUAGAUGGUUCUCUGCAUGCGGGUUCCAUGUAAGUGCAGAAAUUUCCUCAGCCACUGGAGAUAGUUUGGCCAUUUUGUUAUUUGGACGAGCUGUUGUUAGAUUGAAAUUUACACAUCAUUUCAUUAAAAAUUGUGCCUUAGAAAAUGCAAAGCUGUUGCACAUAGUGAUGAAUUAUGGAUGCAGUACAUUGAAGAGAGAUGAAGUCACUUCCAAGUUCUCAAGACUUCUCAUGGAGGUGUUGGCUGCUUUACAGGGGAAGAAAUUAAAAAAAAAAAAAAAAGAAAAAGAAGAAUUGAAAACAUUUUGAAAAUGUACAGAUUAAGUCCAAUAUUUUGAUUAACCACCUGCAUGUUUUAUUAAGUAUUUUGAUAAUAUGGAUGUUUGCACUUUGCAUGAUAUUAGAAGAGUACUUUACCACCAAUAAUGCACAAAACAUGUACAAUAGAAUCAUUCAUAACCGAUUUUUAUAGAAUACUUUUUACAUGUGGAACUCCAUCCGUUAUGUAAGGAUUAUAUGAAUAUUGCACAUUCUCUUCUGGUUUCACAAACCCAUUUAUACAUAUUUCUUAGUGAGACUCAUUGUACAUGUAUUGAAGCUAGAAUCAAGUCAAGAAAAAUAAAGCCCCAUUCUCCAACUGCAAAAUGUGCUUUUCCAUAAUGAACAAUAGUCACCAGCACAGAAUAAUCUCCAACAUUUUCUAAAUUCUAAUUGCCAACUGUUUCUAUUUAUAUUUGAUUUAUAUUUCAUUUGGAGUCUGUUACAUGGCAGCUCGGGCAGACUAGAUCUUGUUUUUUCCAAUGCAGCAUAAUGAGUAUGAUCUAUUUCUUUUCAAAUAAUCUUUGAGAUCCCAGGAAAAAAAAAAAUGCUGUGCUCUGUUGAGCUACAAUGUAAAUGUUUGUUUAAAAAAAAGGUGAGGCAAGUGAGUGAUUUAUUGUUCCUGAGGAAGUAUAUCUUUUUUUCCUUAUACUUCAAAAGCUAGUCUCUUCUUUCUUGAGGAAAAAAAAAUGGGUAACUCUGUUUUUCACUUGCAAACUUUCAUGACGUGUUCAUUCUUUCUGUGUAGUGUUAUUAAUGCAAUACAUACUAUAGUUAUCUAUACACAGUGUAAGACUUAACAAGCUGAAAUGAUCCACCUCAUAUGUGAGUCCGUCCAAAAGAUGUUACUAUUCUGGGUGGGCCAAUGUUCUGUAUCAGUUACACUAACCUUCAUUUAAAAUAUUUAUUCUAAAAUGACUCUGAGAAAUAGUAAAAAAAAAAUAAAAAAUAAAAAGUUGUCUAAAAUGCAACAGCUUUUAUAGUAAAUGUACAUUUAUAAAUAAAAUACUCAAAUUAA